AUGAAUAUUUUUUCCUUUGGGAGGGAAAGCAUGUGCUCUUUCUCAGCCACAGAGGGAAAGGAGAGUGUGCCUCUAACCGCACGGUCGUAUGAGCGAUCCCGGUCUGAGCUCUUCGAGGGCCUUACCACCACCCGUGCCGUUGCUCUGCAGGCGACGACCUCAAGUAACUUCCCUUCGAGCAGCAAUGCGAAGCAGGUACCUGACGGUGAGGGUUUGUUUUCCAUGGGCAGUUGUUCCGUAUCCACGGACAAAGUGGAGGAAAACUCAACCAUCUGUGAGACCUCCAGGUCUGCUGGGGGGAAGCAACGGAAACAGAAGGGUCAACAGAAACCCCGUAAGGCAAAAACGAAUAACUCUAGGGACGAUAACAAGAAGAAAAAUGCGACGAAUACAAAGACGCCGCAGCGGACGUCACGGAAGAAAAGCGGGAAGCGCAAGAAGAGAAGGUCUAGUUGUCGAAGUAUGGGUGAGGCAAGCGUGCGGAGCAACGGGACACCUGCAGAGGGAGAGAUUGAGAGUAGUAAUGCUGAAUCAAGUGUUCAGUUACCACGGCCCUUUAAUACCCCAAAGGGUGUACCGGCUGUGGUGCAUGUUGUGGCACACAAUAUCGCAGAGAUGCAGGGAAGGAAAAGAGAAAGUUGCGUCCAAUCGCUCUCGCGCCCGUUUGAAAUGUUCGAUCGAAUAGUUUCCAGACCCGAGUGUGGCAAGGAUGCCCAGGAAACGCCUUCAACAGCGGCUUCCCACAGCGAUCUUCACACCUCUAUAUCUGUGUUGAAGGGGCAAAGCUCCACGACCAUCGAUUUACCUGAGAGGAGUAAUUCUGUGGUUGGCGUGUUUGCGACUGCAACAACUCCGGCACUUCCUUCUUCGCCGCCGCUGUAUGGAAGGAGCAGCAGGCGUGAACAUACAGCGCGUGCCGGGGAUGGUACGGCAUACUUGUCGUCGUUGACAUUUUCAUCAUUACUGGGCUCCUUCCAAAAAGAGCAAGAGAAAACAGAAAGGCCCCCAGCUAAGAGCCCCUCCACCCUUGAGGGUCUUACUCGACACUCUCUCACAGAUAUGGUUGAGGGUAAAGUCCCGAGUAAAACUGAACCUGUUGUAGAACGACUUCUCGCACGCACUCUGAGCUCAACUUCUGAGAAAGAGCGUACGGCGACAAUUGUGUUCGACCUUGACGAAACCCUUUGCAACAACCGCGUGAACGGUCCCGCCAUACUUAGACCCGGUGCGAUUGAUAUACUGGGAAAACUGCGGUCGCUAUAUCCCCGCUGCAUCGCACCUGGGGAUGGGGGCUCGCCAGUUCGUGAUGCAAGCGCCUCCGCGGAAAGUGUAGGAAACUCCGGUAGCAGAAGCGGACUAGUUCCGACGGAUGUGACGGCUGGUAAUGGUCCUUUGCUGCAGCUGGAGAUUGUUCUGUGGACCGCAAGUGUGGAAUCGGUUGCACGUCCCGUAGUCGAUCGACUUGACCCUGAUGGCACCAUCUUUGAUUGUGUUAUAUGCCGCGACGCGCGUUGGUACGACGAAUCUGGAUACACGAAGGACCUGCGCCUUCUUGGUCGUUAUAUUGAGCGUAGCGUAAUAGUGGAGAAUUCUCCCCUCUGCGUGAAGUUGAAUCGGCGUAACGCUAUUCUUGUGAGCGACUUCGUGAGGAAUCGAAUGGACCGACAACUGUACGUAGUGUGCGUUAUACUUUUGGAGUGGCUCGAUAACGUGAACAAUCUAUUGCUGCGAAAACAUAUGAUGCGUGUCAAUAUGGAGCGUCGGAGGGGCUGUGGGAUGUCCGAUGGCGGAGAAAGUCCCGAACCGGAAAUGCCGCCGAGCGAGGCCCAACUAAGGGGUUCAAAGACACCUGGCCUCACAAAGCCGCAUAAAGCGGAUAUGCUGGGCUCGACUCUUCCUUUGCACGAACUUGAGCGAAGGGCUUCUGCGAUUUAUUUUGUGGGGAGCCAUCCUUUUAUUUCACCCUCAACGCGUCUUGUUAGGUCGUCUGCUUGCCAACAGGCGGUAAGGUAUCUUUGUGGAGAGGGAUUUGCCUCUGGGAAGAUGAAAAUCAUCUCGAGGAGGCGCCCGGCAGCAAAACAUGCGGCAGUUACGCCAAACACACCAAAAGGAAGAUCUUCUUCGCUUACUUCCAUUUCACCUGCACCGGUCCCUGGAAGAGCGCCUUCGCGGGAAGUGUCGUGUUCCUGA